AUGAAAACAAAUAAAAAGCGUAUAUAUUUAAUUAUUUUAUUAUUAUUUAUAAAUUUUAUUAAAAGCGAGGUAAUAAAUUUAACAGAUUUAAAACAAUAUGAAAAAUAUCAAACUUUUACAAGUACCCAAACAUGUGGAUUUCAAUUUAAUAUAUUAGUAAAAGAUGAUUCUUUUAGUAUUGAUCGUAUUGACUUGGAUAAUAGUGCUCCAAAAAGUUUAGGUCAAUAUACCAAUUUUACAAGAUUUUCAACGAAUAGAUCAACAAAUUUUAUAUUAAAUUUUGCUAAUGUAGAAUUUGGUGUCUAUGAAAAUAUUAAUUUUACCACAAUUGUAAAUGGAGUUAAAAAAGAAUGGUUUAUUCUUCCAAAAUUCACCUGUAAUAAAAUUGAUUCAACAAAAUUAAAAGUUACAACAAUAAAUAAAAUAAAUGUGAAUCAAAUUUUUAUAGGAUCAAAAUUGUCAGGUGUAAUAAAGAUUGAAGGUUUUGGAAAUGAAAAUUAUCCUUAUCUAUUAUCACCAAAUCCAAGCACAAUGUAUUCAAUUAUUAAAAGUAGUUCAAGUAUGGACGUUGCAUUUUUCUAUGUACAUACUAUCGAUCCAAUAAGUAUUUUAUCCAAUGGUUCCAAUUUGAAUUUUACAAUAUCAUUUUUUGAAUCACCAAGUAUUAGUUUUAGUUUUGAAGCAGAUUCUAUUAAUACCAAUGAUGGUGAUAUUAGUGUGGAGAUUUUAUCACCACCAUCACCACAACAAAAUGGAAAUUAUCAAUUAAUUGGCACACAUUCUUCACCAUACAUAUUAAUUAAAGCAUUGCCAAACUCAAUAUUUUCAAUUAGAAAUAAUGGAACUCCAGAGUUUAUAUCUCAACAAGGUGUAAAUGAAAGAGAAGUUACAUAUUAUUUUAGGCUACCAAUAGGAGGUAUUUUCGAUUCUCCAUCUAAUAAAAAAUUACAAAAUAGUACAGUUAUUAUUGGGAAUAGAGAAGGAAAUUCUAUUUUUAGUCAUACUUUUUCUUAUUUCUUUUUUAAUUUAAACGCAACUUUUAAAAAUCAUAGUUGGAGUUCUAGUUCAUUUAUUAACCUAUAUUCACAAGUUACUGAAAUUUCAACAAUGUCAACCAAAGUCACACAAUUAAAUAUAAUACUUUUAAACUACAUUGUUGAUCACCCAUUUGGUUUAAUAAAUGGUAAUUUAAAAAAUUGUUCAAUAGAUAUAUCGAUUACUCCUCAACCUUUUUACCCUUACCCAACGCAAAUAUCGGCAUCUAUUGAUGGAAAUCAGCAAAUAUUUUACGACAGUUCAGAUAGACGUGGGGAAAUAACUAAACCUCAAAUAUUGGAUUACUCAUUCACAACUCUAUAUGAUAAUUAUGUAUUAUUAAUAUUUUCUUUUACAUCUAGUAACCCUAUUUAUAUGGUUGUUAUUGAUGGUUUUAAUGUAUUUUAUAUUAAUUCAAUUGUAUCGGGGAAAGACUCAAAUGGUACAUUCGAAUGUAUAUUUCAACAAAAAUUAUUCCAAGAAGGGGGCAUUGCCUCAUUGGCAUUGAUUGAUAACGGCGGUAUACAAAGUACAUUUUCAAUUGGACAAUUCUAUCAAUUACCAAGUUCAACGAGUAAUGAACAAAGAAUAUUCACAAUUCCACAAUUUAUAAAUGAAAUUUCAUUUACAAAUAUUAAAGCUAUCAAUUUUAAAUAUAAUGAUAUAAAUACAACAAAUGUAUCAUAUUGGAAUACAAUGACUUUAGAAUUAAUUAAUUCAUCAAUUAGUAUAGGUGAACCAGUACAAAUUUUAUUUUAUUAUUCAAAUUAUGAUGAUUUUGAAUCAUAUGAUUUAAAAUUAUUUUUAUAUUGGAAUAAUGAUAAAAAACAUUGGUCAAAUGAUUUUAAAUUACCAGCUAAUCUAAUAACUGGAAAUGUAAACUAUAUUAUUAUAACAACCGAUGGUAAUUUCUUAUCAUCAAAUAUGUUUUCAAAUGAUUGGCAACUCCGUGUUUACUCUGAAUCUGCUGAUUUAUUAGGUCCUGUAUUUUCAAACAUUUUAAAACUUCUACCAACCAUUAUUAACACCAAUGGAGAUAUUAGUUUUGGUUGGAAUUUAACAAUAUAUGAUCCAAUCAAUGGAUUUAAUAAUGGUCAUGUCAUAGUAAGAGGUGGAAUUGAUAAUUCAAUUUAUAAAUUCUAUUUAUCUUCAAAAAAUGGUAGAAUGGAACUUGGUGAAACUCACUCAAUUGUAAUGGUAGUUGAAAAUGUUACAAUCUCACAAGAAUAUAGAAUAACUGAAGUUUUAUUAAUUGAUAACCAAAAUAGAAAAUCCGAAUUUAAAGAAGCUGAAUUAGAUAAAAGUUAUAAUAAUCCUAAAAGAGUUAAUCCAUUCCUUUAUUAUUUAAAUGAUUCAAAAAUAAAUAGUAUUCAAGUUGAAACCGGUGCAAUCUAUUCAACAAAUAAUGAAAUUGAUGAUUUUAUAAUUACAAAUAUUGAUACAUAUCAUUUUUCAGAGUCAAUUGAUCAAGUUAAUCAACUUAGAAAUGUUAAUAUUUCAUUCACAUUUAAUCAAACUUUAAUUUCAAAUUCAAUUAAAAAAAAUACGUUCCCUAUUGUUUAUUUUUCAAGUGCACAUUUUACAGAACCAAUAAUUAAAUCAAUUAGUAAAUUUAAUAAUAUUUCGAAUGAGUAUUUUGUAAAUGUUGAAAUCCCAUUAAACUUUUCAUAUCCACAUAAAAUUGGUAUUUCAAUUUAUGGAAUAAUUAAUAAUGCUGGCUUUUUCAAUGGUUAUUCAUCUCAACAAAUGUUAGAUUCAACAUUUUAUCAACAUGAAAUUGAACCAUAUAAUAAUCCAAUAAAUGUAAACCCAAAUCUUUAUAAAGCAAUUCUAACAAAUAGGAAUUCUAAAUUUAUAAUCAUUGGUAGAGGGUUUAAGAAAAAUCUAAUUUUAUCAAUUAAUAUUAAACUUGAAUCAACGAGUCAUCCAUUUACAAAUUUCACAAUUAUAUCAACUACUUCAAUUGAACUUUUAGUAAAUCCAAAUUUAUUUACUCAUUUAUCAAUUUCUUUAAGUGCAACAGUUGUUGGUGGAAAAGAAACUAAUGAGAUUGUAAUAAUUCCAAUAAUACCGACCCCAAUUCAACCACCAAUUCCAUCAUUAUCACCAAUACCAACCAGUCAACCACAAAAAUGUCAAGGUAAUCCAGAAUGUGGUGGACCAACCAAUGGAUAUUGUAAAAUUGGUGUUGGAUGUUUAUGUUAUUCACCAUUUAUUGGUAUAGAUUGUACUUCAAAAAUUAUAAUUGUAACCCCACCAAUUGUAAAUCCAUCAAAACCAGAAACAACAAUUGAUGUACCAACACAAUCAAAUAAUACUACUGGUAAUAAUAAUGUUAAAUCAAUAAUUUCAAUUGUAGCAUUACGAGAAUUAAAUUCAGUAACUGGUGAAGAAGUUAAAAUUCAUUAUUUUGAAAAAUGGAUUUAUACAAAUGUUUCAGAAACAAUAUCACAUUAUCAAAGUAAUAUUACAAAUAAUGGUGGUGGUAGCAUGGUGACAAAUGUAAAAGCUAUAUUACAAUGGUUUAAAAAUGAUGAGAAUAUUACAUUUGCAAAUCAAGAAUUAAUAAUGCAUUCAUCAACAAUGAAAUAUACAAUUGAGUUAUCUCCAUACACUUUUUCAAAUCCAUUAAAUAAUUUACAAAUUGUAAUGUCUGCUCAAAUUCAGUCAAGUAAAGAAAACACGUGUUCAGAUAAAGAAUUUGGUAAUACUGUUAUUGAUAAUUCAAAUUACAUUAAAUUAAAAGUUGAUAAAAAUAGUUUCUACGGUAGAUACAUUAAAAGAGGUAUAAUUGAUGAUAGAGUAGUAUCAAUAACAAAUGAAGUUUUAGAUUCAAAUUUUAAUAUAAAAGAUAAUGAAAAUAGUGUACAAUCAUUCAUUGGUAUUUCAAUUGGUAAUUUUAAAAAAUCAGUCAUUAUCGAUCCAGAUUUCUCAAUAUUAUUAGAACAAAAUUCAGCAACUUCAAUUUGUAAACAACAAUCAUCAAAUAAAAGUUUAACAAAAUCUCAAUUAAUUGGCAUUAUCAUUGGUUCAGUUGCAAUGUUUAUUGUAAUUUUAAUAAUAAUUGGAAAAUUAAUUUAUUCAUCUUCAAAAUGUUUACCAAUUAAAAUUUUAGUUUAUAAAAUAUUUAGAAAUAAAAAACAUUAA